UCGACCCAUUUGCAAAAAAAUUUCCCCUUUAGUUUUAGGUGCGUAAUUAUUUUACCCAUUUUCCCCUUCCCUUCGUCUCCGAGGCAUUUUUCUCCUAGCUCCGCCGUGAAGCAGCAACCAUCGUCACCGGAGAAGCUAUGGACGGAAACCUGAGGGCGAAUCCGGCGAUGCUGAGCGAGAUAGACUGUAUGCCGGAUGUGCCGCCGCGGCAGCGCGUAUCUCAUCACCGGCGAGCUCGCUCUGAUACCUUCUUCGCCGGCGGUGACCCCUUCGACGAUCUCCUUCUCUUCGAUCCUCCCGAUGUUGAUCUCUCCUCCCUCGACUUCCUCUCCGUCACCGCCGCCGCAGCUGCCCCUCCUCCUCUUCCACCGCAUAAAGUCUCGCCGAUGGCCGUCGAUUCCCCCUCCGAUGAUUCCUCGUCCAACGGUCCGCCACUUCCUCCGCAACCUCGCAAUCUUCCCAAGCCCGGCCGCCGUGUCCGUAGCUUAUCAGUUGACUCCGAUUUCUUCGACGACCUAGGGCUCUCAUCCUCUGCCAUGGCGGAUGAUCAAUUCGGAGGGAAAAACCUAGCCGCAGCCGCCGGAGAGACGAGGGGUCAUCAUCACAGGAGUAGUUCCAUGGACGGAGCUACCAGUUCGGCGUCGUUUAACGUUGAGUCUAUUCUCGCCGCCGUGAGUUGCAAUGACGGUUCGAAGAAGGCGAUGGGUAUGGGAAGCGAAAAGCUCUCGGAGCUUGCACUCAUCGAUCCCAAAAGAGCUAAACGGAUUCUAGCAAACAGACAAUCUGCGGCACGGUCCAAGGAGAGGAAGAUUAGGUAUACAAAUGAGCUGGAGAAGAAGGUUCAGACUCUUCAAAACGAAGCAACCACUCUGUCUGCUAAAGUCACCAUGUUUCAGAGAGGCACAUCGGAACUGUCCACCGAGAAUAAACAACUGAAACUGCGGUUGCAGGCGCUGGAGCAACAAGCUCAACUUAGAGACGCCUUGAAUGAAGCGCUGAGGGGAGAACUAAAACGACUUAAGGUAGCCGCUGGAGAAAUCCCUCCGGGCAAUGGGAAUGCUUACAACCGAGCUCAGCCGCCGCAAUUCUCGGCCCAGCAACGGACCAUGCAUCAGUUCGGGGCUCACAAGAGUCAAAACGUGACCAACUCGCCUUCUGGCUCAAAUGGACAGCCACUGGACCCGAGCUUCAUGGAUUUCACGAACUACGGCUAGUUCAGGAAGCCUCAUUUUCGCUGGAUAUGCCGAAACCAAGCGAGUUAGAGGUAUUUAACAUUUGUUUCAGGUUGCAAGAUUGCAUGUAGAGGUAUGUAUGUAUGUGUAUAUAUAUACACUCGCUGUAAUACACGUAUAUUUGUGGUUAUGUGGGUUUACUCACUGUAAUAAUACUCCCCAGAAAAUUUUAUAGUAAACAGUUUCAUCAA